CCGCCUAGCGAGGUCGGCCGUCCGGGCCGGGGCGGUAAGGAAGGAGCCGUAGCUUCUCCCUGCGACGCGAGGAGCUGGUGCUUCGGCACGCCCCCACCCCCCACCCCCCCGGGUGUCCGAGGCGCCCUCUGGGCCCACGAUGAUGGCGGAGCAGGUGAAAUGCGCUUCGGCGGGGGGCGGCUCCGGAGCGGGCUCCGGGCAGGUGGUGAACACCGAGCUGGAGGUGAAGAAGCUGAAGGAGCUGGUGCGCAUGCUGGAGAAGCAGAACGAGCAGCUGCGUAGCCAGACGGCCACCGCGUCCGCCGCCCCGCACCUGCUGCUCCUGUCGCCGCCGCCGCCGCCCGCCGCGCCACCGCCCGCCGGGGCCUGUAGCCCCUUGGCCCCGCGGAGCCCUCCGGCCGCCGCCGCCGCCUCGGGGGGCCUGGGGUUGGGGCUGGCUUUGGCUGCUGGGGGCGGCGGCGGCAGCGGCGGCUCCAGCCCCGCUUUCCCGGGGACCUACUGCCUGCCCAGCCCGGCGCCCUCCCUGCUCUGCAGCCUGGCGCAGCCCCCCGAGGCUCCCUUCGUCUACUUCAAGCCUGCGGCGGGCUUCUUCGGCGCGGGCGGCGGCGGCGGCGGCCCGGAGCCCGGGGGCGCGGGGACACCGCCGGGGGCCGCCGCCGCGCCCUCCUCGCCGCCCCCCACGCUGCUGGACGAGGUGGAGCCGCUGGACCUGGAGAGCUUGGCCGCCUGGCGGGAAGAGGACGACUACACCUGGUUGUACGUUGGCUCUUCAAAGACAUUCCCGUCAUCAGAGAAAUCCCUGAGCGCUUUGCAGUGGUGUAGACAUGUCCUAGAUAACCCGACUCCGGAGAUGGAAGCAGCAAGGCGUUCCCUGUGCUUUAGACUGGAGCAAGAGUUAGUGACCUUUGUAAUUAAUUUAUCCUCGGACUCUCCAAAUGAAACCUUCACAGUGCGGUUAGAUGUGGACGCCGACCAAGGGUUUUCAGCCAGCCGAUGGCGAAGUCUCUUCCCUUCAAAUGUCUCACUGGCUUUUCCUUAUAGUCCUGUGGCGAGACUCAGCCCUUAUAGCAAUGGCAUUAAUACUCCCAGCUUCUCUAAAACCUCAAAUAAAGCAAUACUAACACCUGAAAGAACAGGUUACACAUCCAGGGGCUCCCCUCUCAGUCCCCAGUCAUCCAUAGACAGUGAGCUGAGUACUUCCGAGCUGGAAGAUGAUUCUAUCUCCAUGGGAUACAAGUUACAGGACCUCACAGAUGUUCAGAUCAUGGCUCGUCUGCAAGAAGAAAGUCUCAGGCAAGACUAUGCUUCUACUUCAGCAUCUGUGUCGAGACACAGCUCCAGUGUGUCACUGAAUUCAGGAAAAAAAGGGACAUGUAGUGAUCAAGAAUAUGAUCGAUUCAGCCUGGAGGACGAGGAGGAAUUCGAUCAUUUGCCACCACCUCAGCCCCGUCUUCCAAGAUGUUCCCCUUUCCAAAGAGGAAUACCCCAUUCACAGACUUUCUCCAGCAUUCGGGAGUGUAGGAGGAGCCCCAGUUCCCAGUAUUUUCCUUCAAAUAAUUACCAGCAGCAACAGUAUUAUUCACCUCAAAUCCAGACUCCAGAUCAGCAGCCAAAUAGGACCAAUGGAGGAGACAAGCUCCGAAGAAGUAUGCCUAACCUGGCUCGGAUGCCAAGUACAACCACUGUUAGUAGCAAUGGGAGUUCUCCAGUCACCGUGCGGAAUAGUCAGAGUUUUGACUCAAGCUUGCAUGGAGCUGCAAAUGGAAUUUCAAGAAUACAGUCUUGUAUUCCGUCCCCAGGACAGCUCCAGCACAGGAUCCACAGCGUGGGACAUUUCCCAGCAUCAGUGCGGCAGCCUCUUAAAGCCACGGCCUACGUGAGCCCAACCGUCCAGGGCAGCAGUAACGCGCCCUUAUCCAACAGCUUACAGUUAUACUCCAACACGGGGAUCCCCACCCCAACCAAAGCUGCAGCUUCCGGCAUCAUGGGCCGCAGCGCACUUCCAAGACCUUCACUGGCAAUAAAUGGGAGUAACCUGCCUCGAAGCAAAAUUGCACAGCCUGUCAGAAGCUCCAUGGAGAAAAACAGUGAAGCUGACUUUUGAAUCCAGGUGUAUCUGAUCUCAGAAGUCUGUUUUUACCACUACUGCACUCUUCUGUGAACAUAUGUAGUCAAGUCAGUACAUUUAAUAAAAAAUGAGUUUAUAUUCUGCUGAGAAGAUGAAAGAAUUCAACUCAUUUGCAAAUCAAAUAUUUCAUUUAUAUUCAAAAGAGUGUUCAGCCCUUGCAAUAAAAACCAAAGAUCCCCGCACCUUGGAAUUUACAUUCCAGUUAGGAGACAGACACUAAACCACAUACAAGUAAGUAGAUUGCAAUACAUUAGGUCUUCAGUGCUAUGGCAAAAGAGGAAAAGGAGCUGAACAUCAGGGGAGUUGAGAGAGUGGAGAUGGGGAGAGAUCACACUAUUAAGUGGGGUCAUCUGGGUAGAUCUCACUGAGAAGUUGACACCUGAACAAAGACUUAGAGAUGGAGGGUCCACCUUAAAGCUAUUUCACAGCCUCGUUCACCUGGAAUUCUACUGGACACAAAAUAAUGUUGGUGGUCAUUUUCGCAGUUCUCCCUAGGGUGGUAUAGAACAUUUAUUCUAGAUGCAUACAAGAGAAUUUAAUGUAUUACAUCAACAGAGGCCCUAAGGUACAGCUUCUCAAAACGUGGUCCUCACACUAGCAGCAUUAGAAUUAGCAUUUCUUGGAAACUUACUAGAAAUGCAGAUCUUUAAGCUCACCCCAGACCUGUUGACCCUCUAGGGGCCCUCUAGGUGGUUUGAAGAGCCAUCUGUGAGAAGAGCUGCUGGAAAGGAGGAAGCCACCUAGGCGAAGGCUUAGGACAGUGUACAUCCGUCUGGGAUGUCUGAGGAAGAGCAGAGAGGCCAAUGUGGCUGCAGGCAGAAGGAACACAAGGGAAGCAGUAGAGAUGAGGUCAGAAAGGAGAGAGGGGAAGGCCUGUGGAGGGCAUGUGGGCCACAACAAGGCUUUGACUCUACUCUGGAACGGGAGCUGUUCAUGGUUUUGAGCAGCAGCGUUCAUGAUUUGACCUUUUAAAGGUAUCACUCGUAUUUGAUGGGAACAGACUAAGAAAUGGAGAUGCGUAAAAAUGAACUGUUCAGUUUAGGCAAGAGAGAUGAUGAGCUAGGCCAGCAGGAUAGUAAUGGAGGAGAUAAAAUGGUCAGAUUCAGGCUACCUUUUAAAACGGUAGCUAUCAGGAUGUCUUUGUGGAUUGGAUGUACUGUUAGAAACCAGAAGAAAAACUCCAGGUGUUUGGGCUGGCCACUAGAAGGAUGGAGUUCCUCCAACAGAGAUGAGGAAGCUGUGGGUGGGGAAGGUUUGAAACCAUGGUCCUGUGGCUGAGCUCACGGACACCCUGUAUCUCAUGUGCAGUCCUCACACUGGGUAAUAAACCAGAACGCACACAGAAGGGGUCCUGAGAAGCUCAGUUUUCCAACACAGAAGGGAACUGUGAUGCUGAGUGAACUCAGCCAAUCUAGCCCAGCUGACAUGUGUACUAGUUAGCUAUUGCUACAUAACAGGCUUCAGUCAUGGCUCUGUGGUAAAGAAUCUGCCUGCCAAUGCAAGAAACAUGUUCAAUCACUGGGUUGGGAAGAUCCCCUGGAGAAGGAAAUGGCAAUACACUCCAGUGUUCUUGCCUGGAGAAUCCCAUGGACAGAGGAGCCUGGUCGGCCACAGUCACUGGAGCCGCAGAGAGUAUGACGUGACUGAGCAACUAAGCACAAAACAGCCUUACACUUAGGUUUUGCUAACUAGAGUAUUUUUGCUACCUUUUCCUUCACGAGUGUCAUGGAUAUUCUUGUUCCUUUGCAUUUCCAUAUGUAUUUUUAAAUAAACUAGCCAGAAAAACACCCUGUUGGAAUUUUGAUGGGAUUGCAUUGAAAUUAUAAUUCAAUGUGUUGGAAAUUGACUGUUUACAUGUUGAAUUUUAAAAUCCUCAAACAUGGUCUACCUCUUCUUUUAUGGACUGAGGUAUUCUUUAAUCUCAAUAAAAAUAUGCAGGUUCUCCCCAGAGGACUGAAAUGCCUUUUGCAAGGUUAAUUUCUAGGUGUGUGAUACUUUUUUAUGUGAUGUUAUACUUAUGAUAUUUUAAAAAUUUCAUUCCUAAUGGUUGGUUUCAAAUGUUUUAUUCAACCACCUUAAACGUAUGUAAGUUAUAUUAAUUUAUAUUUAGACUCUUCAUAUACACAGUCAAAUGUAUGAAUAUUAGAUUUCUUUCUUUCCUAUAUCUUGCCUGUGAUCUUCAGUGAAGUGUUACAUACAAAUGAUAACAGAUAACCAUCUUUCUGCUAAUUGAAAAGCUUUCUGGUUUUACCAUUAGGUUUCAAAUUUGCUGAUAGCUGUUUAUCAUAAAAGAAUGUGAAUUUUAACAAACUUCCUGCAUAUAUUAAAAUGUGAUUCUCAGUUUUUUUAAGUUUAUUUUUAAUUGGAGGAUAGUUAGCUUACAAUAUUGUAAUGAUUUCUGCUAUAUAACACCAUGAAUCUGCCACAGAGAUACACGCAUCCUCUUCCUUCUAAACCUCCCUCCCACUUGCCUCCCCAUCCCACCCCUCUAGGUUGCCACAGAGCAUUGGCAUGUGAUUAUCUCAUUUAAUCUAUUAAUGUGAUGACUUUAUGAUGGAUUUUUUAAUGUUGAAUCAACCUUGAAUUAUUGAGAUAAAUCCAACUUGGUCAUAAUGCAUUAUUCUUUUUUAAAAUAGAUUAAUUUGAUUUACUAAUAUUUAGAAGUUUUGUCCAACUUUUGGAAUAAAAUUGUUUUAUAAUUUUUCUUUCUCAAACUGUCCCUACUAAGUUUUGGAAUGAAGAUGGUGUUAGUCUCAUAAAAUGAGUUGGGGAGUACUUUGUGUUUUUGUAGCUGGGAGGAUUUGUUUAAUAUUGGAGUUAUUUCUCCCUUACAUAUGUGAUAAAUCUUAGUGGUAAAGUCACUGGGGCCUGGAGUCUAGUCAAGUCAUGUUUUUAAAAUCUGAUCUUGUGUUUUGUCUACUUCCAAAAGCAUGAUUAAACCUCUUUAUUGGUGGAUUAUCUAUAUACUCUUUGGAGUUCUGUCAGAUUUUGCUGUAUGUCUUCUUAUGCCACAUGAUUUGGUGUGUACAUACUUAGUAUCUUUCAUCUUCCUGGCAAAGUGAACCUGUUAUCUUUGAACUAGUCUUCUGUAUCUUUUUUUAAAAUGUCUUAAAAAUCUAUUUUUCAGAUCUUAAA